CCCACGGGAUGCUAGCGCCUUGUCGGUCAGGAGUUGCGCUUCUCUUGUCCCUUUGUUGACAAUUCCCUGAACCAACUUGAGUUUGGCCGGCUCCACCGCGGCCCUGACGUCACGCGCGGUCACGUGGCCCCGCCUCCCGCUGGAUCUUUAAGUAGAAAGUAAUCUAUCAGGCCAGUCCUUAAAACGGGACUUUCGACUACCCGGGCUUGGCGUCCCUGUCACCCCCCACCCCACCCCCGCGGUUGCCCCAGUCCGCGCCCUCCGGAGCUGCUUGGCACCCGGCGUCCCGCUCUCGCCCGGACAGCUUCUGAGCCCCACGCCCAAGCCAGAGAGGCCGAAGAAGGCUGGCGAAGUGAGGGGGGCGCGGCGUGGAGGAACCUUCGGGGUCGCGAGCAGUAGCUGCCGCCUCGUAGGGAAGCGUCGGGGACCGCAGGAGUUCGUGGAGGCGCGGCUGCGGGCGGCGGAGCGCAGCGCCCGCACCGCGCGAUGCCGGGCCUCCGUGUGUGAGCUGACCCAGGAGGGCCCCGAAGCUACCUGUGCCUUCCCCUCCCCCUCCGCUCUCUUUCGGGGGGCACCCGCACCCCCUCUCCCUGAGGUCCGCGGCCGCCCCUCACGGACCCCCUCGCCCUCUGCUCGCUCCCGGCCGCCGCCACCAACCCCGUGGAGGGAUGACCCUCUCCGGCGGCGGCAGCGCCAGCGAUAUGUCCGGCCAGACGGUGCUGACGGCCGAGGACGUGGACAUCGAUGUGGUGGGCGAGGGCGACGACGGGCUGGAUGAGAAAGACAGCGACACCGGCUGCGAUAGCCCCGCGGGGCCGCCGGAGCUGCGCCUGGACGAGGCGGACGAGGGGCCACCGGCGACCGCUCAUCACGGCCAGUCUCAGCCGCCCCACCAACAACCUCUGGCACUGUCCACCGAGGCGGCCGCGGCCGGGCCGGGGAACGACGCCGGAGCGCCGGAGGCCGACGGCUGCAAGGGCGGCGAGGACGCGGUGGCAGGCGGCGGUGGGCCCGGCGCGGGCGGCGGUGCCGCGGGAGGUCUGACCCCGAGCAAGCCCAAGAACAGCCUGGUGAAGCCACCCUACUCCUACAUCGCGCUCAUCACCAUGGCCAUCCUGCAGAGCCCGCAGAAGAAGCUGACCCUGAGCGGCAUCUGCGAGUUCAUCAGCAACCGCUUCCCCUACUACCGGGAGAAGUUCCCCGCCUGGCAGAACAGCAUCCGCCACAACCUGUCGCUCAACGACUGCUUCGUCAAGAUCCCCCGCGAGCCGGGCAACCCGGGCAAGGGCAACUACUGGACCCUGGACCCCCAGUCCGAGGACAUGUUCGACAACGGCAGCUUCCUGCGGCGCCGGAAGCGCUUCAAGCGCCACCAGCAGGAGCACCUGCGCGAGCAGACGGCGCUCAUGAUGCAGAGCUUCGGCGCCUACAGCCUGGCUGCGGCGGCGGGCGCAGGACCCUACGGCCGCCCCUACGGCCUGCACCCCGCGGCGGCGGCGGCGGGCGCCUACUCGCAUCCCGCGGCCGCGGCGGCGGCGGCGGCGGCAGCGGCGCUCCAGUACCCGUACGCGCUGCCGCCCGUGGCGCCCGUGCUGCCGCCCGCCGUGCCCCUGCUGCCCUCGGGCGAGCUGGGCCGCAAAGCGGCCGCCUUCGGCUCGCAGCUCGGCCCGAGCCUACAGUUGCAGCUCAACACCCUGGGCGCCGCCGCGGCGGCCGCGGGCACGGCGGGCGCGGCGGGCACCACGUCGCUCAUCAAGUCCGAGCCCAGCGCGCGGCCGUCGUUCAGCAUUGAGAACAUCAUAGGCGCGGGAUCCGCGGCGCCGGGGGGCUCGGCUGGGGGUGGCGGGAGCGCGGGCGGGGCUGGGGGCGGCGGGGGCGGCGGCGGCAGCACCCAGUCCUUCCUGCGGCCGCCCGGGACUGUGCAGUCCGCGGCGCUCAUGGCCACGCACCAGCCCCUGUCGCUGAGCCGGACGACUGCCACCAUCGCGCCCAUCCUGAGCGUGCCGCUGUCUGGACAGUUCCUGCAGCCCGCAGCCUCUGCCGCCGCCGCUGCCGCCGCCGCCGUUCAAGCCAAGUGGCCCGCGCAAUAGUGAUGAGCCGGUGGUGGCCCGGCCGGGCGGCGGCCUCCGGCAGAGCCUGCGCUUCUUUCAGGCUGUGCGCCCGCUCUGAUCCUGGUCUUUCUGCCCUGGUCCUGGUCCCUCUACCCAAUCCUGGACUCUGCCACCCGCCCCAGACUCCCCAACACCGACCAACAGCGGCCUCCAUCCCCUCGCUCACCUAAGCUGGCCGGGCAAACUCAACACGCGUCCGCUGGGAAUAGCUUUCCGUACAGGUAAACUGAUAACCGAAUUUCCAAAAAUGCACCCGGACGGCGCCUGCUCUCAGUACUGUGGGGGUGGGAGGGAAAUCCUUUGUACAUAUUUGUAUAAAAAUCAUUGACUUUCUUUUUGGGGUUUUUAUUUUUUUAAGGAAAAAAAAAAACAAAUUCAGUAGAUUUAGAGAUCUGAACUUUCAUUUUUUUUGAAGGUUCACUCUCCGCAGUUUUAUCUGAGAAAAAGAAUGUAUAGAGACGUUGGGAGAUUUUAAAUACAAAAAAAUUUUUCAAAAAGGCGAAGUGUCAUUGUAUUAUAAAAGUCUGUUUAUAUAUGAAUGAAUAUAUAUGGUAUUCUAAAUGUUAUUCCAUCAUGUUGUACACAACUUUGUAAAUAAAUUUUUAAAAUGCUCA